AUGAAACUUUUAAUACUACUCUCGGUACUUUUGUGCAUAUGGGAGGGUGUGUCGGCUAAGUGCGGCUACGAUGCCUGUCCGGCUACCAAUCCCCAUAAGCUCAACAUACACCUUAUCGCCCACUCCCAUAACGAUGUCGGCUGGACUCAGACCCCGGACCAAUUGUACGACAAUCACAUCGUAAAGAUUUUAGGCACCGUAGUGGAGGAGUUGCUUAAGGACCCGGCACGUAAAUACACCCAGGUGGAAAUGUAUUUUUUCCACCGAUGGUGGCUGAGUCAGACUGAUGAGCUCCGGGGUGUGGUUAGGAAAUUGGUGGCCGAGGGUUUAAAAUUCUUAAACCAAACAUUCGGCACGUGUGGUAGACCAAAAAUAUCAUGGCAAAUCGACCCAUUUGGCGCCUCCAUCGAAAUGGCCUCGCUAUUCGGUCUAAUGGGGUUCGACGCCAACGUGUACAACCGGGGCGUCCCGAAGGGCGAGUACAUAUGGCACGCGUCCAAUGACCUAAACACCAAGGUGUUCACCACCGUUUUGCACGACCACUACUACCCGCCCGGUGGGUUCAACUUCGAGAACGCCAACGAAUCCAUAACCGACGCGAAUGUCAAGGAGAGGACCGUUAAGUUUAUCGACUAUUCGCGGAAGUGGAACAAAGAUUAUGGUAACUCUAGUCACGUGUUGGUUACUAUGGGCGGCGAUUUUUUCUAUAAUGUUGCCAGUAAGUGGUACGAUAACAUGGAUAAACUGCUCAAGGAGACUAAGGCUAACCAUCCCGAUGUCAAUAUGAUAUACUCGUCGCCUAAUUGCUAUAUUAAGGCGCUUAAUGCGAUGAACUUGACGUAUACGGAACGGGAUGUUGACUAUUUGUCGUAUUGGGUGGGCUACUACUCUAACAGGCCGGCGUUGAAGUAUCAGGAUAGACAGACUAAUAAUAUUUUGCAGGCGAGCAAGCAACUAUCAGUAAUAGGGCGCUUAGACCCUGCUAAAACAAAAGCAUACCUGGACGAGGCAGCCAAUGAGGUGGCUAUAUUGACACAUCACGACGCCAUCACCGGCACCUGCCCUCAGACCAUAUCCAACGAGUACACGAGUCGACUCCAGUCGGGAUACGCCGCCAGUAAAGCCGUUAUCCGAAAGGCUUUCGAGUACUUGAAGUCGAAAACUGGGGACAAAAAAGUGGUUUUAAGUGACGUUUUCUGCGAUGCACUCAAUAUA